AUGGCUGAGAAGGGUGAUCCUUUCCGGGAUCUGGUUUUCAGCGGGGCACCUUCGGAGUACAGGCAUUUUCGGCGGAAGAUACUGCUGAAUGUGGCUUCGUUGGAGGAGAAGCAUGUCAAGCUGGCGGGACCCAAGAUCUUGACCCGCCUGACUGGCGAGGCUUGGAGAGCUACGGAGCACUUAUCUAUCAGCGAGCUGCGCUCAGAAGAUGGAUGGCUGCGCGUUCUGCAGGCACUGGAUGGGCAUUACAAGUAUUUGCCCGAGACGGAGCUGAAUGAGUGCGUGGAUGAGUUCCUCUUUCACCUGAAGAGGAAAGCGGGUGAAGGGCCGACGGCUUUUGUUUCUCGCUUCAAGGCCGUGUUGAGCAGACUGGAGACACUGAUCGCCGCGGAGCGUGCUCAGCGCAAGACUCCAAAGCGGAAGAGGGAGUCCAUUCUGCGACGCCCUGAUGCUGGGGGCCACACGGAGCAAGAAGAGAGCGAGACAUCCGGAGGCAGCUCCGGAGAACCGCCCCUGACCAAGGAGCGGGUGGACGCAGCGGCUGCGUCAGCGGGAGAUCCGUCAGCCAAGGCGACCGACGACACCAAGGGCCCGAAGACGGUCGGAAGCUUUGUUGGCGAGAAGUCUCCGAAGCGUGGGCCACCUUCUUCGGGUGGUUCCCACAGAAGCCGUGGAACUCAGAAGGCAGACGACGACCGAGCCCAACGUCGUAUGCUGGAAAGCUUGGGCCGCCUGGAGGUGGGACACUUGAAGCUGAAGCCGAUUUUUCCGGCUGUCAUCUUGGGACACCUCUUCAUGCGAAAGUAUGGCUUGAAUCGGGAGCAGAGAAGCCAGGUCAUUCGCUCCACGGGCGGCUCGUGCAAGUUCGAGGACAUUGAGAAAGUGAUCCGGGCCUCCGACUACGAGGACCGGCUUGGCGAUGGACAUCGUGGACCGGCCCAGCGCCCACACCGGGGCGCGGUCAUGGCUGCUGAGGAAGAGAGCAGCUGCAGCGAGCCUUCCUUUUCGGAUCCAGAAGCCUUGGAGGCCGACGUGGCCACCGGCAGCGAAGUGGACGAGGAAUAUGAGGAGGCCUACGAGGUCCACAAGAAGGCCAAGCAGGACGCAAAGCGCGCCUACAGAUCCUACAAGGACAGUCGGAAGAAGGUCCGAGAGAUCAAGAAAGAGCGGCAACCCUACAUGCCAGUUGUCGCCUUGCCGGCGGGAUCCGCGAAUCCAGCCGAUGGGCUGCCCGUGCAGCCCACCUUCAAGUACGACCACCGGAAGGAGGGUCGGAAGCCCGACCGCGAUCGCGACCGCGCCAAGGGCGGUCGAAAAGGGCGAAGGGAAGAGGUGAGCAUGGUCCAUGGAGCGGUGCUCACCGAGUUUUCCUACAUGGUGGAAGACCAGUCGCACGAGGCCAGCGACGCCGAUGUUUUUGCGACCUGUGUUCCGACUGGAAUGGCCGUGGUGGACACAGGCUGCACUACUUCUGUGAUCGGCCAGGACACUGCCGCCAAGUACGCGUCCUUGUGGGCGCAAAAGGGCCUCCCAGAGCCAGUGAAGGUCGCUCUUCCUCCUGUGCAGCUGAAGGGUUUCAAUGGCAUGAAGUCGCUGUCAGGAGAUGGACUACGCUGGACUGUUCUUAUAGGGCAGUUGUGGGGUCAGAUCACGACCUACGUCAUCCCAGGGACUGCGCCGUUUCUGCUGUCCAGGAAAGUUCUACAGGGCAUGGAAGCUACACUGAACUUGAAGGACAGUACGAUCACUAGCCAGAGGCACGGCAUGGAGGCAGUUCCUUUGGCUCAGGCAUCGAACGGACAUCUUCUUAUGUCCCUGCUUCCAGAUGCGGAGGGCGAGGCCGUCUUCCACACAACCGAGGCCUUCGAUGAAGAGGUGCCUGGGUCUAAUAACAAUGCAGAAAACAAGUUAACCCCUACUCCCGAGAACACUGCGGACCCGAAAUGUCGCCUUACUGCACCGACCCAGUCAGACCUCCGGCGUUGCUUUCAGACGGUAAUGAAGCAUACUAGGUACACCCAAGCCGACGUAGGAACAUACAAAAACGAUCUUCGCUUGAUGUUUGGCCAGAGUGUCGAUUUUGCAUUGUGUGCCUACAGGCCUAGGUUUGAGCGAGUGCCUAAGCCAGCAGCGACCCGUGAUCUCUAUCGUGCUGUGGCUCACCUUGCCCCGUCGGGUGCCCUUGAAGUUUCAGAGUGGGUUCUGCGACCUGCCAGCACCAGGCGGGAGAACUUUGACCGUGCCGGAGCGUGCAUCUUUGCCUACAGACACCAGCCGCCCGAAGCACAGCGUGCAGCGGUAAUCCUUGAACGUGUGCAAGGUAGGCAGCCGAAAGCAAAGGGCAGACAAGCUAAAGUUCUAGAUCCCGAGAUCCCGGUGGAACAUAAAGACCCUUCCACCACUGUCCUUGCUGAGGCUGGCAGUGAAGCACCACCGGCUUCCGAGCAGUGUGACUGCUGCGAGCCUGAGACGCCAGAAGCAGAUGAAAUCACCCUAGGCCCAGCCUUUGAAGUAGACUUUCACAUGUGUGCCAAUGGUCUGGUUUGUAAGAAUUCUAAACUGCCGAUUAAGCGGCCGACACGCAUUGUCACCAGUGAUCCGGCCCUGGCCGAAGGGCUGCGCCGCUGCAGAUGUCCGAACCAUACAGAGCAUGCACAUAUCCUGGCCACCCAGGGUCUUCGAUACCCAAGGCUGUUCUGCCGCAGUGUGGCGGCCUGCCUGGCACGCAGGGACACUGAAGUCCUUCCGACCCAUGAUGUUUUUCUUGAAACGGAUGAUGAAGCGGACUCCGAGAGGGAGUCAGAGCCCGAUGUGGAGAUGCCAGAGGAUGCCCCUGACCCUCAGGUUCCUAGACAAAGGUCCUACAAGGCCAUGGUUCAAAAACUUCAUGUGAACACCGGGCACGCCUCGAUUCCACAGAUGCUUCGACUGGCUCAGCGUGCACGUGCACCGACUGGCGUGGUCGAGGAAAUUCGCAAAUUCAAAUGUCCGGUGUGCGAAGAGCUGCAGGUUCCACCAUCCCACAAGGUUGAACUGAAAAAGGAUGGAGUUAGCGGGAUAGAGGAGCGUAAAUUUCAGGUUCUUACGGUAGUCGACUACGCCUCUGAUUUUGCCCAGCAGAUUGUGCUACCACCUGGCCCCCGUUCAGUGGCAACAGCUUUUCACGCCGUUUGGUGCCGCCCCUACGGCCCACCGCGAGUGGUCUAUGUCGAUCCGGACCAGCGCUGGAUGUCUGAGGAUUUCCAGAAGUUCCUUAGGUGCAAUUCCAUCACCCUGCUUGAUAGUGCCACCGAGUCACAUUGGCAGCUUGGCAGAGUAGAAGUUGCACAGAAGAUCCUCAGAAUGAUGGCCCAGCGGGUUUGGCGGACCACUGAGCGUCCGGCCGAAGAAGUGAUCGAGAGUUGCUGCAGUGUCCGGAACGAGCAGCUGAAGCGCCAUGGUUUCUCUAGUGCCCAGUGGUUUCUUGGUCGAGAACCCCGGGUCCCGGGUAGCUUAGCUGAUAUCUCUGAGCAACGCAAUCCCGCCGUUCAGGACGCUGUCCAUGCUGAGACCGAUUUUGCACAGAAGAUGCAAGUGCGCCACCAGGCUGCCGAGGCUUUUGCCGGAAAGGUCAGUUUGCUACCCGGCAUGGCUCCUGGCUCGGCCCUGGAUGAAGUUGUGUUCAAGCAGCUGGCACAGGAGUUUUACUCUGGCCGUCUUCCCGACGAGCUGGAACAGGUGUCCCCUGCGAAGCGCGGUCCCGCAGGACGUUUCUUCGAUAUCACUGGUGAGCUGCCUAUGGAUGCCGAUUUUCUGACACUUCCUGGCUCCGACCAGGAGGGCGAACCUGCGGAACCGCCUUCCGAUAGAAAUGUCCGACGGCGAAUCACCAGAGAUGAUGAGUACUGGCGUGCUCGUGCAUCGGAGCCCUCGCCACGAGGAGAGCCUUUGGUUCGUGUAAGGGAAGACCCCCCUAACCUUGAGGAACCUUCGUCCAAAGUAGCGCGUGUAGAAGAAGAGCACCCGAUACCCGAAACUCCUCUUGAUUAUUCACCAUCCUUACCACCUGCCGAACCUUCUCCCAGUAGUCCCCUGGACUUGGAAGAUUUGCCACCAGUAUCCAAUUCUCCCCUCGACGGUCAGUCCGAAGCCGAAGACCUUCCGGAUGCUGAUAACCUGUGCUGUGAGCUGUCCUUUGAUGUCUUCUCCACUGACAUAACUAGUGACAUCGGUUGUCUAUGGGAUAUCCUAGACGAGUGCGCCGUGACGGCAGCCCGACCUGGACAGAAGCGCCGGGUAGAAGUAAGCCUUAGAAAGCUCGGUGCCGCCGACCGGAACCGAUUUAAAGGUGCCAUGCGCAAGGAAUGGCAGAGCUGGCUGGAGAACAAGGUCACCACCAUAGUUAAGGGUAAGGGCAUCCCUAAGUCCCGAGUCAUAGGCUCACGAUGGGUGUUGACUUGGAAGAAGUCCUCCGACCCCGAUGACAAAACUCUGUCGCCUAAGGCCAGGCUUGUGUUGGUCGGCUUCCAAGACCCCGAUUUAGGUAGAAUAGCCACCGAUAGCCCGACACUUCGCAAAGAAAGCAAGCAUAUCAUUCUGAGCAUCUGCGCAAGUAAGGGUUGGGUAAUCUGGGGUGCCGACAUCAAGACCGCCUUUUUGUCAGGAGAUGCGUCGAAUCGGGACCUGUAUAAUUUCCGGCCACACGACGAAGUAAGAGAGUUCAUGCAGCUAGAUGAAGAUGACAUACUUCGGUUGGAAAAGGCCGCGUAUGGCCUGGCAGAGGCCCCGAGGGCGUGGUUCCUUAGGCUUACCCGAGAGCUGUGUGCUGUAGGCCUAGUGGUUUCCCAGCUUGACCCAUGCGUGUUUCUACUCCGGUGUGAAUCCACAAAUGAUCUCCUCGGUGUGUGUGGAACCCACGUUGAUGAUUUGCUUGGCGGUGGUACAACUGCAAUGGAUAAGUGUCUUCAACGCCUCAAAAGGACCCUGCCCUUCGGAGACUUUCGACGGACCACAAUCAAGUACACGGGAGCUGAGAUCCGUCAGCUACCCGACAUGAGCAUUGAGGUCAGCCAGGAAGCCUACAUCGAUAAGAUGGAAGAGGUGUGCACCAAGCCUUUUGGAAAAGCUUCCAACCGACUGCCCGAGCCGACCUUGAUGCGUGCAUGCUGUGGUCAACUGGCUUGGGUGGCAAACCACAGCCGCCCGGAGCAGUCAUUCCUAGCAUCUUACUUGCAGGGCACCCAGGAUAAAGCUGAAGUCUCGCAUCUAGAAUUGUACAACAAAGCGGUUCGAGAGCUCAAGACCCGUAAGGUUACCCUAAAGUUCCCUUGUAUCCCCAUCUCUAGAUGGAGAUUGCUAGCGAUCACAGAUGCUGGCUGGGGUGUGCGCGCCAACGGAGAGUCCCAAGGCGGACUGAUCCUCUGCCUGUGUGACCAGGAUGUCUUGGAGCGUAAGCCGGGUGCCACUUGGGUGAUAGAAUGGUCUUCUAAGAAGCUUAGAAGGGUCGUCCGUAGCUCCACCGCGGCUGAGACACUGGCCGCCCAGAACGGUCUGGAUGCAAUCGAGUUUGCACAAUCCUUCUUGCAAGAAGUUCUCUACGGUAUGUCCCCUAAGGUUUUUCAGCAGUGGACCCCCGAGAACCCCUCAGGUUUAGUCAUCGAUAGUAAAUCCUUGUAUGACGCCCUCACGCGAUCUGCUUGCAGCAGUGCCCUGGCUAUGGAGAAGCGUCUUGCAAUUGACUAUGCGAUCGCAAGGGCUUGUCUGUCUGAGCGGUGUGUGCAGCCCUACUGGACUAAGGACUUGCGUGGGUCGUGGUGUUUACUGUUUUAG